CCACUCGCUCAAAUUUUUCUCUACUUGCUGGCGAAGCAAAUUUGCUUUUACAGGCGAGAGAGAAGACGCAGCGCGCUGACGUUCAGCUUCCCCAUUCUUUAUAUAAACCGGCGAUCGUGGCCAGUGCAAUCUGUCUCGUGGAAGGAGCGAAAAACCAACGCUCAAGUGACUGAACCCUCUCCGUUCUUGGUUUCGGGUUGCUGUAACUAUCAUGGCCUACGUUCCUCCGCAUAAGCGACAUUCCAAGGAGAGCGGUGGCCCGUCCCCUGUUCCGGCAUCGCUUGAGCGGCGGUUCAAGAAAGGUCUUAACUCGAGGUCGCCCAAAAGUAGUGCUCAUCACUGGAUCGAUGCAGACACGGCGAAAUAUAGAUGGUUGGCUGUUGGUUUGGAUGAUGAUGGGGAUCAUCUUCCUUCUGGCGUCUUUCUCAAGCCGGUCUCUGUUGAGGCCGUUGGAUGGCAACCAGGAGCGAAACCGCUAGCCUUAGUCAAAAGCUGUAUAGUUAAUGAAGAAGAUGAAACUUUGCAGGACCAUAGGAGGAAACCUUGGGAACAGAUAGCCGAAACUGUGAUGCAAGAUUUAGUUUGUUCAUUCGAAACUUUGAGGAGUGAGAUUAAGGAUCAGAGCAUGGGAGAAACAAAACCAACAAUGGUUGCUAGAUUCGGCAAAAUUCUUUUUCGUGGGAUUCCUUCACUUCCAGUUGAAACUUGUGGAGAAAUGGUAACACUGAAACGGUUGAAAAGAUCAUUUCACACAUAUCUUCCUUCCUUUUAUAUGGAAAAUGUGACUCAUAAAGUUAUCCCAGAGAUUGGCCUUAGUUUUGAAGAUGAAAAGGAUGUAUAUCAUGUCGAGUUAUCUGAUAAGUCCAGGCCAGGUGCAACCAUCUGCUGCAAGUGUAGUGUUAUCAAGGCUGAGCAGAGACUCGAACUCUAUAAGGUCGAAUUAGGGCCGGUGCGACACCUGAUAGUUGAUGUAUCAUGCUUCAGUAAGGAUCUGGAUCUGAGGUUGAUGUUACGCACCAAGAGAAUCUUGACGGCUGUCAGCGAAAAUGAAAAGAACAGCAUCAGGGAUUUGGUUACUUCUGCAGUUUUAGAUUCUAGUGUUCAGGGGGGUUUAAGGUGGCCUCUGGAGAAGGCAUCAUCUGGGGAUAGAUACAGUGUCAUUGGGGUAUGGCAUACAAUCUCUACAACUUACAAGAAUUCAUUGAUGAGGCUGAAGGUGAGACAUGCUGAUCGGUUUGAUUUGAGGAUUUCCCAAGGGAAAGUUGUUGAAGAAAUUACCUUGAAGUUGAAUGGAAUAACUUCUGAAUUGCAUGGAGAGAGUCCGGAAACCAAUUCAAUCUCUGAUCUGCUUAAAGAUGCAAUAAAGAUGAUGUGGGAGCACUUCUUAUCUUGUGGAAAUGCGGUCAUUUGGCCUCUCUUUCUCAGCGCGCGCUCUCGCGUCGGAGAAUGUAAAUGAAAAUCAGGGUGAUUGUAUGAGUUUGUCUUGUGAGAUUGUACGAAUUGCAAACUCAGGAUGUGUGUAAUCCUUCUUCUGUUUUUUCGCCUAGUGGGAAUGAAUUUGAUCUAUGGCUAUCGCUCUA